AGGAGCCGCGGCCCGCGGGGCCGGAGCCAGGCCUGCGCCCGGACAUCAGCCGGAGCCGGAGCGAGAGCCGGGGCCUCGGCGUCCCCGCCCUCUCCCCGCCUCAGGGCCAGCGUCCCCCGGGCCCCCGCGCGUCGCGCCAUGGACUCGGACGAGGGCUACAACUACGAGUUCGAUGAGGACGAAGAGUGCAGCGAGGAGGACAGCGGCGCUGAGGAGGAGGACGAGGACGAGGACGAGCCGGACGAUGAUAACCUGGAUCUGGGCGAGGUGGAGCUGGUGGAGCCCGGGCUGGGCGUCGGCGGGGAGCGGGACGGACUGCUGUGCGGGGAGACGGGCGGUGGCGGCGGCAGCGCUCUGGGGCCCGGCGGUGGCGGUGGCGGCGGUGGCGGCGGCAGCGGGCCGGGGCACGAGCAGGAGGAGGAUUACCGCUACGAGGUGCUCACGGCUGAGCAGAUUCUGCAACACAUGGUGGAAUGUAUCCGGGAGGUCAACGAGGUCAUCCAGAAUCCAGCAACUAUCACAAGAAUACUCCUUAGCCACUUCAAUUGGGAUAAAGAGAAGCUAAUGGAAAGGUACUUUGAUGGAAACCUGGAGAAGCUCUUUGCUGAGUGUCAUGUAAUUAAUCCAAGUAAAAAGUCUCGAACACGCCAGAUGAAUACAAGGUCAUCAGCACAGGAUAUGCCUUGUCAGAUCUGCUACUUGAACUACCCUAACUCGUAUUUCACUGGCCUUGAAUGUGGACAUAAAUUUUGUAUGCAGUGCUGGAGUGAAUAUUUAACUACCAAAAUAAUGGAGGAAGGCAUGGGACAGACUAUUUCGUGCCCUGCUCAUGGUUGUGAUAUCUUAGUGGAUGACAACACAGUUAUGCGGCUGAUCACAGAUUCAAAAGUUAAAUUAAAGUAUCAGCAUUUAAUAACAAAUAGCUUUGUAGAGUGCAAUCGACUGUUAAAGUGGUGUCCUGCCCCCGAUUGCCACCAUGUUGUUAAAGUCCAAUAUCCUGAUGCUAAACCUGUUCGCUGCAAGUGUGGGCGCCAGUUUUGCUUUAACUGUGGAGAAAAUUGGCAUGAUCCUGUUAAAUGUAAGUGGUUGAAGAAGUGGAUUAAAAAGUGUGAUGAUGACAGUGAAACCUCUAAUUGGAUUGCAGCCAACACAAAGGAAUGUCCCAAAUGCCAUGUCACAAUUGAAAAGGAUGGCGGUUGUAAUCACAUGGUCUGUCGUAACCAGAACUGUAAAGCAGAGUUUUGCUGGGUGUGCCUUGGCCCUUGGGAACCACAUGGAUCUGCCUGGUACAACUGUAACCGCUAUAAUGAGGAUGAUGCAAAGGCAGCAAGAGACGCACAGGAGAGAACUCAGUUUUCUGCAUCUGCUGAAUCUCAGAAACCCCAGUUGAAAAAAGCUCCAGAGUUUCCUAUUUUGGAGAAGCAGAACUGGUUGAUACAUCUCCACUAUAUCCGGAAGGAUUAUGAAGCAUGCAAGGCUGUUAUUAAAGAACAGCUUCAGGAGACUCAAGGGUUAUGUGAAUAUGCUAUCUAUGUCCAAGCAUUGAUAUUUCGCCUGGAAGGAAAUAUCCAAGAAUCUCUAGAACUCUUUCAGACGUGUGCUGUUCUCAGCCCUCAGUGUGCUGAUAACCUCAAGCAGGUGGCCAGAUCUUUGUUUCUUUUGGGAAAACAUAAAGCUGCCAUUGAAGUAUACAGUGAAGCAGCUAAACUUAACCAGAAAGAUUGGGAGAUCUGUCAUAACCUGGGAGUUUGCUACAUUUAUCUGAAACAGUUCAACAAGGCACAAGACCAGUUGCACAACGCCCUACAUCUUAACAGGCAUGAUCUGACUUACAUAAUGCUGGGGAAGAUCCACUUGCUGGAGGGAGACUUGGACAAGGCCAUUGAAAUCUACAAGAAAGCAGUGGAGUUCUCACCAGAAAAUACAGAACUUCUUACAACUUUAGGGUUACUCUACUUACAGCUUGGCAUUUACCAGAAGGCAUUUGAACAUCUUGGAAAUGCACUGACUUAUGACCCUACCAACUACAAGGCCAUCUUGGCAGCGGGCAGCAUGAUGCAGACCCAUGGGGACUUUGAUGUUGCCCUCACUAAAUACAGAGUUGUAGCUUGUGCUGUUCCAGAAAGUCCUCCACUUUGGAAUAACAUUGGAAUGUGCUUCUUUGGCAAGAAGAAAUAUGUGGCAGCUAUCAGCUGCCUGAAACGAGCCAACUACUUGGCACCCUUUGAUUGGAAGAUUCUGUAUAAUCUGGGCCUUGUCCACUUAACCAUGCAGCAGUAUGCAUCAGCUUUUCAUUUUCUCAGUGCAGCCAUCAACUUCCAGCCAAAGAUGGGGGAGCUCUACAUGCUCUUGGCCGUGGCUCUGACCAAUCUGGAAGAUAUAGAGAAUGCCAAGAGAGCCUACGCAGAAGCAGUCCGCCUGGAUAAGUGUAACCCUCUAGUAAACCUGAACUAUGCUGUACUGCUGUACAACCAGGGCGAGAAGAGGGCCGCCCUUACCCAGUAUCAGGAGAUGGAGAAGAAAGUCAACCUACUCAAAGACAGUAGCUCUCUGGAAUUUGACUCUGAGAUGGUGGAGAUGGCCCAGAAGUUGGGAGCUGCUCUUCAGGUUGGGGAGGCACUGGUCUGGACUAAACCAGUUAAAGAUCCCAAAUCAAAGCACCGGAGCCCUUCAGCCAGCAAAGCUGCCAGUGUCCCACAGCCUCUGGGCUCUAAUCAAGCUCUUGGACAGGCAAUGUCUUCAGCAGCCGCAUACAGGAAGCUUCCCUCAGGUGCUGGAGGAACAUCCCAGCUCACAAAGCCACCAUCUCUUCCUUUGGAGCCAGAGCCCACUGAGGAAGCACAUCCAACUGAAGCAUCAGCACAAAUAAGAGAAAAAUAGGACUAAGAUGACCCCAGAGUAGGGGUGUCUUUGGCAAGGAUGUACCAGGCCAGGAAAGGUCACAUGACACAGGCAGAGUGGAGGCCAGCAUGUUCCCUGGGCACCUCGGAAUUAAAACGCAGAACACAGGGUAUGUCAUGAUGAUCACAUGGAGCCUGAGGCCUGUGCAGUCCCCUGCUGGCCCCAUCAGCCAGGAAGUAGAGAGAAGACAGCCCAGACAGGUCCUUUAAGAACUGAAAGCAAGGCUCAUGGCUCUAUAUAUGUAGUUCCAAGGGCCAGCAGGGCACGUGACACUGUUUGCUUUUGAAAGGACUUUUAUCUCCUGGCUGACUGACCCCUUCCUUUGUGGAAGGAAAGUCUGAGACAGACCUCUGCUUAGUAGCCCUGUCAUGACGAAGCCUUGGCUUAGCUGAGGUGAUCCUCAGGCUGUGGGGUAUAUCUGCCCUCAAGGCAAACACAAGUCUUGGGUGAAUAAUCCAGCUCUAAUAGUCUACAUUUAAAGGGAAAAAAAAGAUGAAAGAAAAGCUCUGUAAAUUGAGGCCCAGCCUGUUGAGUAUCCCAGCUGCACUUGCCCAAGGGGAUCCAGAACACGUCCCUCUAUCUUCUCCUUUAGAGAGAUUGGAGUGUAGAGCCAGAUCAUGUUUGUAUGAUAAGGAGUAGGAGCAAAGGGCUGGUCUGGUAUCAGCGCCAAGGCAAAAAAAAAAAAGGAAGAGCUUCUUAACUGAGGAAUUUUUAUUUAAGACAAUCAAGGAUACCACUGACCAGUUGUUAUCAAUACAUUAUAUAUAUGUCCUUUUUAGAAUAAAGAUUAUGUAUCAUCAUCCCUUUGGGGAAAGUUCUUAUUCAGAUAUGAAAAUAAGAGAUCACAAUAAAAACUUUUAAAAAGAA